UAUCAGCAGCAGAUAAGAGCGGCGUUUAAAGCCUGAUAGAGUCUCCUCACUAUUCCUACCAUCAUGCACCCACUAGCAUUUUUGUUGUUCAGCUCGUGUUGCGCCGUGGGAUUUUGUUUGCCACUCUUGGACCAGGACCCGCACAUUUCCAACGGCUGGGACCAGGUGGUCCGCCACAGGCACCUGUAUGCCGUCAGAGCUGGACGGCACCUGCUGAUGGGCAGAGAUGGAGAGAUCCGGGGCUCCGCCGACCAACAUGUGCUCAGCCUCCUGGAGAUCCGUCCUGUGGGUCCCGGCUGUGUCGUCAUCAGAGGAGUCGCCGCCGCUCGAUACUUGUGCAUGGAGGCUGACGGCAGACUUUACUCAUCGCUCCUGUUUGGCGAGGACGACUGCACCUUCAGGGAGGAGAUCCUGCCUGACGGCUACAGCAUCUACACCUCCCACAAGCACCGGGUCCUGCUGAGCCUGGGGAACCAGCAGCAGAGGCAGCAGGACCCUGAGGGAGGCCACACGGCGUUCGCACGCUUCCUCCCCAGGAUCAACACUCUGGCUCACAGUGACUCCUCCCCUGCGCCAAGCGCUCCACAUCCUCCGGCUCAGAGCACCCAACAGCCAGAGGAACACAUGGAUCCCACGAAUCCCUUCGGGAGGCUCUCGCAGAUCAUCCACAGCCCUAGCUUCCACAAAAGAUGAGGCCAGGAGACAGAGAUGCUCCUGUACGUGUUUCCCCGGGGGCGAGGUUCCAGCCAUCAAACACCUGAGGAACAAACUGGCAAGCAAGGAGAAGAGCCGGCACUUCCUGAGGGGCGAGGCUGUGUGUGGACUCCCCAGCUGCUCUUGGGGUGCCACUGUGCUCACCAGUGGAUUGAAACCCCGUGUGAACAAUGAACCCCCUGCAGAGCUGCUGUGCUCAGUGAGCCAAUUUAUGGCGGAGACGUCGGUGUCACAUUAAACAAUGACCCGCUCUGCACCGGUGGAGAGGUGUGUUGGGAUGGAGGUGAAGAGAGUGAGGGCAGCUCUGAAGAAGGGGGUCGACGGCUGUUAUUCAUUUAGAGUCGGGCCACUGUGUAAAUAACCUGUAAUUAUCCAUUUGUAUUGUUUAUUACUGUGUAUUUAUGAACAUUUUCACUUCAUAGCUCAGUUUCGUGGUCAGAAACUGACAAAAGUACAAUGUUCUUGUGUGUCAUCUGAGCUAGCUCUGAGCUAGUCACUCUGACAAGGAGUCCAUUUCCGGGUAUAUUGUCCAGCUCGGUGGUCAAGCUUGGGAGUCAGGGCAAAUAUCAAUGCUUUUACUUUCCAAAUGCAUUUUUGAGAACACAUUCUGUGAGGAGAAAAUCACAGGCUGAAAGAGAUGGAAGCGAAAGAGGCAACCCAACGAACCAAACGUGUCCGUCCAUUGUCUUCGGCCGCUUUCUGCUACUGGAGGCGAAACAGACUGAACAGACCUGUGGCAGGUCAUAUACCCUAACAAGCAUUCAUGGAUGGACAAUUUCAAGUCACUAAUUAACCCUGCCUGUGGUUGGAAUAUGGGAGGAAACUGGAGGAGGAAAGCCUUGCAAGCGCGGUCUUUUCAGAAAUAGUUAGCGUUGUAGAACAGCAAAUCGUAACCUUCAACCUUAGCCCUCAAAACCAAGUGUUAAGGGCGAUGCAUGACACCUCUGAAAUGCAGAUGCGUUCUCAGACUGUGGGGCGCAGCAUUGCGCAUCGGUUCUUGUAAUAUCUAUGUCUCCAUUAAAAAAGAAAAUACAAGUAGUUUGCUGCCGUGGACGCCAUUUUUCAUUGGCUGAAACUAGGCAAAGCAUUCUGGGUAGUCUGGUAUUCCUCACUCCUAAAGUCGGAAUCUCAAAACUGAGGAAGAUAGUGUCCGCCAUCUUGCUCCUCCACGUAACUUCCUGAGAAUCGGGACAGUCCGUUGCACAUUUCUGAGUUUGAGGAUUGAGGAAGGAAGUGGGAUUCCGUCUUGCCUCUGUCUUGGCUGUGCUGACUCAGUGAAGAGCACAGCCGCUCUGAUUUCUUUAAACAUCUUUAAUAUGUUGCUGCUGUGACUCCAUCAACCAUGGAGGUUAUGUACUGGGGCUCUCCGUCCCCCUUAAGUUAUGGUCAUGUCUCAGUCUUGGUGUGUUCUGGAGUUGGUCUUGACUCAGCCAGACAAUGAAU